CUAGCAGAGAGGAUGGUGAAUGUAUGCGGUUAAACGGUGCCUGACUCGCAGGAAUCUUCCUGCACAACAGAAAAGCCUCUGACUGGGAAAACCAAAGUAGCACUGAGCGCAGAGACGCACGGCGCGUCAUCGCAGCGCCAGUCCCACGAAACCGUGGUAAAAGGGGGUGAAAACUACACAUUUAAACCAUCAAAGUUAGUGCAACUAGAUGCUUCUUCUCUUUGGACUUUGCUCUCUAUUCGCUUCUGAAGUGGAACUAACAGCGAAUGUGACCACCGACCGACGAAUUCCACGAAGUUAUCUACAUGUAGAAGUGAGGAGUUCGCGAGGACCGGGUGAGAAAUCCGAGAGGUGCUGAGUGGAUUACAUCUUGAGUAACCCGCAACGAUUCCUCCAACAGAUGUGAACUUUGAUUCAAACAGAAAUUCACUCCUCGAGGACCAGCUCUGAACAUUAUUAUCUGUAAUACAGCCGAGAUUAGGAACUAUCCUCCUACCAGUUCUCCGGUUCAUCGGUUCUGCAGUAGAAGUUUUGAUAUAGAUGAAACAGACAACAAAUAACGCAUUCUAACUGGAUUUACGCCGGUUCCAGCUGCUCUUAAAUGAUGCCUACCUGUUUGAUGGGAAUUUGCUAUUUACUGGCAUUUCUACAGAUUUGUUCAGGGUCUCGUCUUCGGCAGGAAGACUUCCCUCCCCGCAUUGUGGAGCACCCCUCUGACCUCAUUGUGUCCAAAGGGGAGCCAGCCACUCUCAACUGUAAGGCAGAGGGUCGUCCAGCCCCCACGGUAGAAUGGUAUAAAGAUGGGGAGCGUGUUGAGACGGACCGUGAUAAUCCCCGCUCCCACCGGAUGCUGCUGCCUAGCGGGUCCCUCUUUUUCCUACGCAUAGUCCAUGGACGACGAAGCAAGCCGGAUGAUGGCAGCUACGUGUGUGUGGCCAGAAACUACCUGGGCCAGGCAGUCAGUCACAAUGCAUCCCUGGAAGUAGCAAUUUUACGUGACGACUUCAGACAGAACCCGGUAGAUGUUAUGGUUGCAGUGGGUGAGCCCGCAGUGCUGGAGUGCCAACCACCCCGUGGGCAUCCUGAACCCACAAUCUCUUGGAGGAAAGAUGGUGCCAACUUAGAUGACAGAGAUGAACGGAUCACAAUCCGCAGUGGCAAGCUGAUGAUCACCAACACCAGGAAGAGUGAUGCAGGGAAAUACAUCUGUGUUGGAACAAACAUGGUGGGCGAGAGGGAAAGCGAGGUCGCUGAACUCACAGUGCUAGAGCGCCCAACCUUUGUAAAGCGGCCUAGUAGUGUGGUGGUGCUGGCAGAGGAGACCGUGCAGUUCCAUUGUGUUGUUCAAGGAGACCCUGUUCCCACUGUCCGCUGGAGAAAAGAUGAUUCUGACCUGCCUAAGGGCAGAUUUGAAAUCCUAGAGGACCAUACCUUGACUGUUCGCCAGGUGACCUCUCAAGAUGAGGGCUCCUAUACAUGUGUGGUGGAGAACAUGGUUGGGAAGUCUGAAGCAUCGGCCACACUCACUGUACACAUCAACACUGUGCCACCAGCCUUUGCCGUACGCCCCAGGAACCAGGUGGUGACAGCAGGCAGGAUGGUCACCUUUCAGUGUGAAGCCACUGGCAACCCACAGCCCGCUAUCUUCUGGCAGAGGGAGGGCAGUGAGAGUCUCUUGUUCUCUUACCAGCCACCACAGCCUUAUAGCCGUCUGUCUGUCUCCCAGAAGGGCAGUUUGACUAUUACUGAUGUUCAGCAUUCUGAUGGCGGCUUCUACAGCUGCCAGGCUCUCAACAUCGCUGGCAGUGUUAUUACCAAAGCACUGCUGGAGGUCACAGACUCUGGGUCAGCCCAUCCUCCUCCUGUGAUUAGACAAGGCCCACUCAACCAGACUGUUCCUGUGGACAGCACAGUGGUCUUAGGUUGCCAGACUACUGGCUCACCACCUCCUACAGUCCACUGGAAGAAAGACGGUGUGCUGGUGUCUCCAGUGGACUCUCGCAUGUACCUAGCAAACACAGGUUCACUAGAGAUUCACUAUGCUAAGCUGGGAGAUACAGGCUUCUACACUUGUGUAGCUUCUAAUCCAAAUGGAGAGGCUUCUUGGACAGCAUACUUGCAAGUGGAAGAGUUUGGUGUUUUUCUCCAGUCCAGUCAUCCUACAGACCCUAACCUGAUUCCCAAUGCUCCAUCUAAACCUGAAGUGACUGACAUCAGCCAAACCUCUGUCGCUCUGUCAUGGAAAUCCAAUCCCACUGCCAGUGCAACACCUACAUCUUUCCUAAUUGAGGCAUACAGUUUCACAUUAGGAAGCAGAUGGGUGACCCUAGCCGAGCAUGUGAAGACACAGACCUUUGUCCUGAAGAACUUGAAGCCUGGAGCUGUCUACCUCUUUAUGGUCAGAGCAGUGAAUGCUUAUGGCAUCAGUGACCCCAGUCCGAUCUCAGAGUCUGUCAGAACACAGGACAGCACUUCCACCAUGCAGGCAGUGGAUCAUCGUCACAUCCAGAGGGAGCUCGGAGAUGUGAUUAUUCACCUGCACACACCAGCUGUCCUAUCUUCUUCUGCCGUCAGGGUGCAGUGGACUGUCGAGCAGCAGUCCCCAUACAUCCAGGGUUACAAGGUGCUGUACAGGGCGCCCUCUGAUCAUGGCCAGCCUGAGGGUCAGUGGAGCGUCCUGGAGAUACGAACCCCACGGGAGGAUGGCGUGGUGAUUAGUCAGCUGAAGAGAGGAUCCAUCUACGAGUUCAAAGUGCGCCCCUUCUUUGAUGAGUUCCAGGGAGCUGACAGUGAGGUGAAGGUGGUCAGGAUGUUGGAAGAAGCCCCUAGCAGAGCACCCCAGGGUGUUACAGUGACAAAGAGUGAUGUCAAUGGGUCUGCUAUCCUUGUUGCUUGGAAACCGCCUCCUGAACCGGAAGAGACUGGAGUCAUUCAGGAGUACAAGAUUUGGUGCCUGGGCAAUGAGAGUCGCUAUCAUGUAAACCAGUCAGUCGAUGGCUCCACUUUGUCUGUGCUCAUUUCCAGUCUGGCACCGGGAAUUCGUUACAGUGUGGAAGUUGCAGCUAGCAAUGGUGCUGGACCUGGUGUCAAGAGCGAUAUCACUUUCUUUCAGUUAGACUCUGCAGGCCAGAUGAUGGAUGUCCAUGAGGAAAGAGACACACUGACUCAGAUAUCAGAUGUGGUGAGGCAACCGGCAUUUAUUGCUGGCAUCGGUGCCACCUGCUGGUUGGUCCUCAUGAUUUUCAGUGUGUGGCUCUACCGUCACCAUAAGAAGAGAAGUCGUCUCAGCAGCACAUACACUGGCAUCCGCAAAGUCCCAUCAUUCACCUUUACACCUACAGUGGCAUAUCAAAGAGGAGAAUCUGUGUGCAGUGCUGGCAGACCUGGCAUUCUCAGCAUGGGAGAACCACUAAACCAGCUGUGGUUGCCGGACAACUGGCCAAAUGCAUGUGCUAAUCACAAGGACUGUAGCAUCAACUGCUGCAAUAAUGGCAAUGGCACCAGUGACAGUAACAUGACAACAUACAGCCGCCCAGCUGACUGCAUAGCCAACUAUGGAAACCAUCCAGAAAACAAACAGGAGGGACAGCUUGGUUCUGAGGUGGCCAUUUACAGUGAUGUGAACCUCUCCAACAAGCUCAAUGAGAUUAAAACUUUCAAUAACUCCAACUUGUGCUAUACAAGUCCAGGAAGAGAUUCAGCAGACACAUAUGAGCCCAUCCCAUAUGCCACCACACAGCUCAUUCAAGCCAGCAUAAGAAAUAAAGCAGGCACCACAGAGCCUCUGGACAUGCCCUGUUGGAAACAGCCCCCUAACCCUCCUCCAAUAUCAAAAGAGAUGGCAGCACAGAUGCAGUACAAAAUACUUGAGCAAAACAGGCUAAAUACAGAUCAUCUGCAAGUAAAUGACGGAAUGAUCCAUUCCAAAUCCAUCCCCUGCAACCAGACCCGUGAUCACAGCACAGGAGGCUCUCACCAUAGCUCAGACAGAGGUAGCAACAGCACCGCAGGGAGUCAAAAUCAAAAGAAAGCAACACGGGCCCCAAAGAUGCCAAAACAUAAUGCAGUGAGCUGGGGAGAAGCCCUGUCUCCUCCUCACGCUAUUGCCUGGGACUGUGAUGAGUAUAGCCUACCCAUGGAAAGGAGUUUUGAUCCUGAGAAAAGAAUAGAAGACUGUCCCACUCCACCAGCUAGAGGGGCAGCCUCAUCCUCCACUGUGUCCACUAGUCACCCACGAACAACAUCACCACAGGGACACCUGAGUAAUGGCCUGCAUGAAGGAGCUGAAGACUUGAGAUGUUUCUUUAAUGCACUUUCCAGUCAUCACAUCACCAGCCGCCCUUGCCCUCUCUCCCCAACACACACAUACAGCACCAUACCCCUCUGCAUGGAUACUGAUGAACAGGAAAAGGAUGAAGAGGAGGCAGAGGAGGAGAAAGAUGCAGGGCUCACUAAAAGUCACUACAGCCAGCACCAUAACCAGCAGAAGGAAAAACACCAGUUGCCCCAGCCCUCUUCAAACAGGCUGCUCUUCCAUGGGCUGGAGCAGACUCCAGCCUCCAGCACUGGGGAUCUAGAUAGAUCAGUCACAGGGUCGAUGGUUAACAGCUGGGGCUCAGCAUCUGAGGACAACAUCUCAUCAGGCAGGUCCAGUGUUGUCAGCACCUCAGAAGGAUCCUUCUUUACAGAUGGUGAUUUCAACCAGGCAGUAGCCUCUUCACGGGACAUCGUAGGGCUGCGCAUGUGCAGAUACCAAGAGGAGUCUGGCUGGCAGCACCAGCGACCCAGCAGCCCCAUGUCCACAGACAGCAACAUGAGUCCUGCAAUAACACAUAAAAGGCCCAGGAGGCAUAAACAGAACCAGUCUGGUCAGCAGGGCUACCAACCCAAUGAUGAUUCUUGCAUGCCUCUCAAUUUCACCAGCCAUAUGUCCCAUGGUGACUAUAAAGUGAGAGGAGCCACGCUGCCUCGGAUGGGCUCUGGGGAAGCCAGGGGUCGACGAGGCAGCACUGGGAUUCACAGGGUCAGGGAGGGUACGUUUGAGGAGAGAGAGAGCAAGGAGAAAUACAAGACUCCAGUAGAAGAAAAAGGAAACAGCAAAAGCCGACAGCACUCAGAGUUUGGAGAUGUCCUUCUGUAUAGUCGUCCCUCUUUCCCAUCAGGUCAGGCUCAGAGGGAACUUAAUGAUCCUAAUUCAUCCAGAUUAGUGUCAUGUGGCGAUUCGAGAACCAAACAGGGAGGACCGGUGGCACCUACAGGACAACUGGAAGAGUUCCUGCAAAGCUAAGAAACAAUGCAAGCACAAAAAGACUGCCCUCCACUUGCUUCAGACAGAGGACUCUGACCUUUACAUAAUGGACAAAGAAUAAAAAUACUGCACAAUCCUUGCUAUUAUUUUCUACGUCAAAUUUCUCAGUAGGUGUUAAAAAAAGAAAAAAGUGCUCUCAGUCUGUUAAUUUCACUUUGAUGCACUGUUUGUUGUUUGCUUUUUGGGUGACUGGCUCCCAGGAGCUUGGCGGAUGAGAAACUGACUCAUAAGAGUGUUUCUGGUCACUGAGAACAGUAAGAUGAAUGCACAUUUGAUGGUGGUUCUGUCUACAAAAAUAUUAUCCAUGACGACUGCUUGCUGAGGUCCGUAUGAUCCACACUUGUCAGUUUCUUGUUAUUUUACUGUAAUUAAUAUUCAGUCAUUACUAGCCAUCUUGUAAAUUGUUGAAAUUGUUUAUCUGUCACAGAAGUGCUUCAAAUUCAAAUCUUAUAUAAAGUGUUAAUGUUUUAUGAGUGAUGUACAUCUUGUGUUUGUAUUAUUUGUUCAACCUUGGUUAUAAAAGCACAAUCACUUAAUUGUAUUCUAAGUCAUUAUAUAAUGAAAUUCAGUCUGGAGGAACGCAGUCUUUGGAGUCAUGUUAGUCAUUUCGUCAGUUGAAUCCUGGCUGAGAAAAUGAUUUUGAUUGUGCUUGUCUGUUCAGCUGCGUUGAUUCGAGCUGCUUUCAUUCAGGUUUGAAUGAUUUGUUGUGUGUCUGUUGAGAGAACUGCAUGCAGAGUCAGCUAUAAGGGUUUUUACUUAACAUCUUGAUUACUUUGUUCUCCCUUUGAGAGGAUGAAAACUGAUCAUGGACUGGUUCCGCUUAUUGUUUCUCCCCACUGAGUCCAUUCAUGCAAACUGCUGUUCCUUUCCCACUCUGGCCAUAACUUCUAGAGUAGGACUGGACAAUGCACUGUUUUUUUGUUUUGGUAUGUUUGUUUACUUGUUUUUCAAAUUACAGACUCUCUUAACAACCUAAAUUCACUCAUAUACCAAUAAACGGAACUGUCUGAAUGAAUACUAUAUUAUUAAAUGAAGAAAUGUUACAACAACCCUCUAACCAAAAGUUUAGCCAGUUUAUUUAACCAGUACAGCCCAGAGAUCUAAAACCUUAAACUGGACACAAGUCAGAAGUACACCACUACAAGAAAGUGAAUAGCUUAUUUACUGUAUUGUUAGAAAAUUGAAUGUACAUUGAGAUAUAGAUUUUGCUCAUAUUGUCCAGCCCUAAUCUGUAAUGUAUGGAACAAAUAUCUCACUUUAACUUCUCUGUUUGAAUAAAUAUUGAUGUUCCUUAAGCAACAACAAAUAAUCG